GAUUCGAUACAUCUUUGUGCGACGCGGUGAAUGGUUCAAGUGGUCACUAACAUAUAUUCGAUGCAUUUUAUAGUUUCGUAUCAUGAGUAGCAAUCAGUUAGAACCUCGUUCAGUCUCUCCUGACAUCGAACAGCAACGGCAGCGCAACGCUUCUCCGGCGCAUCCGGACGAUCCGCUCGGCGGCCCGGAACACCUUGAAUUCAACGAAGACGACGACGACCCGCCAACUCCGCGCUUUAUGCAAGACCAAGGAGCCUGGAAGAAAUGGAAAUGGGUUCCAUAUCCGAUCCGGAAGUAUGGGAAGAUUGCUUUUAAGUGGAUGAAGGGUCCUCAGAACCCUAAGGUCUGGAAGAUUGAGCCAUUUUUUCCAGUCGUCCAGCAUGCGCCGCUUCGUCUUCUUGACAAGUUCCUCCCAAACAGAAAGCAUCAAAUCCUGCUGUACAUGGGCUACGUCGCAGUAUGGAUUAUCACAUUUGCUCUUGUUAUGUGGCGGGGUCAGGUCGCCUCUGAGGUUGCGACUUACGGCAUGCCAACUGACAUAAGUUGCGGUGUAGCGUAUUGGUCGCGAAACAACGGGUGCGGUAUUGAUGGUGUUAAUUGUAGGCCGUUCAACAACAGCGCCUUUGCCUUUCGUUGUCCAUCGAAUUGCGCUAGCUACCGAGUUCUCAACCCUCGAGCGGUGGGGGCCCAGGAGGUGGUCUAUGCUCCGUUGAUUGUUGGAGGACCCCCGGAUCCAACGAACGACGAGAAUCCCGUAUACCGGGGGGACUCCUUUAUUUGCGGAGCCGCCGUCCACGCCGGUCUCAUCUCCAACUCCCAAGGUGGUUGCGGUGUGGUGUCUUUGAUAGGAGAACAGCAAGAUUUCAUCAGUUCAAACAGAAACGGCAUCGACAGCAUUGGCUUUGAUUCUUAUUUCCCGCUGUCGAUUACCUUUCAACAGGGAAUCGAGUGUAAGGCCAAGGAUGUUAGGUGGUCACUGUUGGCAGUUUCUGUGGUUUUCACUACCGUCUUAUCCCUGUUCACCGCAUCAUCGUCGGUUUUUUUCUUCACGAUUUUCAUCGGGAUAUUUUGGCAAGUAGGUAUGGCUUCUGAUCCGCCGUCCUACUCGACAAUCCCAAGUCUAUUUUCCGAUAUCUUGGGUAAAUUCCUACCUGCCAUGUUCUGCGCUUGGGUAUUUUACGACAAGAUGGGAGUACGACGAACGUUGCAAGGCCUCACAGCUCAGGUUGAAAAAACAGUUUUGUGGCUCGGUGGCUGCUGGGUUGGAGCACUCACUAAUUAUACCUUUGACUUCAUCCCCAUUCAGCGCCUGACCGCGCACGAUCUUGAUCAGCAACCCGGUGCUAAAGCGGCACUUGCCAUAAUUGUCAUCGUGCUAUUUUGCAUUGUUGUGGGUCAGAUUUGGGCGAUCCGACAAGAAGGAAACCUGUUGCGCUACCUCCAGCUUUACGCCCUGUUCCUCCUUGGAAUCAUCAUCUGUCUCGUGUUACCUAACCUCAAUUUGAGAAUCCACCAUUACAUCCUUGCACUGCUUCUCGUUCCAGGGACUAGGAUACAGACGAGGCCGUCGCUACUCUACCAAGGGAUUUUAAUAGGGUUUUUCAUCAAUGGUAUUGCUCGCUGGGGGUUUGAUGCGGUUCUACAGACGUCGUCUGAUUUGCAGGGCGACGCUCAACUGGGUUCGCCUCUACCUGAAAUCCUGACGCCUGUCAUUAACACGACUCUCUCAACCCUUUCGACAAUCACAUUUACAUGGCAGGCUUCGCCAGGAGUACGAUAUGAUGGUAUCAGCGUGCUCGUCAACGACGUUGAAAGAUACCGUGCGUUUUGGGGUGACGAGGGAUCAGACCAUUUCACCUGGACCCGCGAGAAUACGUCGAGCUACAACGAGUACUUUCGGUUUGGUUUCAUGUCUGGUACAGACAGCGGAGACUAUACCAAGGCUGGUAUUUGGGACAAGGACCUCAAUUGGACGGCUCCAGCAGCGGGCCCCUCGAGGAUCAAAGGCCGGGAUCUAGAUGCGCAUGAAGCAGAGCUAGUGCCGCGCUCGGUAUGGAAAUGAAUGAUGUUAGCGUUACGACCGGUAUAUCGACGACAGCGAUGGAAUCUCAUGUAACAUAUUUACCCCAUUGCGAAAUCCCAUGUAUAAAGCGAAAUUGGAAUUAUUGAACAGUUUACCUACCGCUAGGUAUUGACUAUAUUGUAUCAGACAAGCCUUCCCUUGCCCGUAGUGGAUGGCGCGGGGCUUCCUCACAACGUUAUUUCAAUACCUAAAUUGAAUAUUGUGUCCCGCUAAUUUAAACGCCAUUCCCUCCCCUCAGCAAUAAACUCCGAGUUUAAUUCCUAAGCCUGCGCAUCGGCCACCUCACUCACAAGUCCUAACCAUAUAAGUCACUGUCUGAUUUCCCGUCGCAGGGACCUUGGGCUUGAAGUCGAGGUAGACGAGCUAUUGCGCCACGCGCAAAGACGUACAAUU